UCCAGGCGCACCACUCGCAAGGAAAGUAGAGUCGGCUGGUAGACCGAUUGAGAGACUGCAGGUCGUAAGGACAUCACGCGUGUGAACUGAACAAAAGAUUGUCUGCAGGUACCAGAUUCACCAUGAGGGAGAUUGUGCAUAUCCAGGCUGGCCAGUGUGGAAACCAGAUUGGCGCAAAGUUUUGGGAAGUAAUUAGUGAUGAGCAUGGCAUCGACCCGACUGGCAGUUACCAAGGUGACAGUGACCUGCAACUGGAGAGAAUAAACGUGUACUACAAUGAAGCAUCUGGCAAUAAGUUCGUGCCCCGUGCCAUCCUGGUGGACCUGGAGCCUGGCACCAUGGACUCUGUCCGCUCUGGACCCUUCGGUCAGAUCUUCAGGCCAGAUAACUUUGUCUUCGGUCAGAGUGGGGCGGGAAACAACUGGGCCAAGGGACAUUACACUGAGGGAGCUGAGCUGGUUGACUCCGUCCUGGAUGUAGUGAGGAAAGAGUCGGAAAACUGUGACUGCCUGCAGGGCUUCCAGCUCACCCACUCCCUGGGUGGCGGCACUGGAUCAGGCAUGGGCACCCUGCUCAUCAGCAAGAUCCGCGAGGAGUACCCUGACCGCAUCAUGAACACCUUCAGUGUCAUGCCCUCCCCCAAAGUGUCGGACACAGUGGUGGAGCCCUACAACGCCACGCUCUCAGUGCAUCAGCUGGUGGAGAACACAGAUGAGACCUUCAGUAUUGACAAUGAGGCCCUCUACGACAUCUGCUUCCGCACACUGAAGCUGACCACACCCACGUAUGGCGAUCUCAACCACCUGGUCUCGGCCACCAUGAGUGGUGUCACCACCUGCCUGCGCUUCCCCGGACAGCUCAAUGCAGACCUCCGCAAGCUGGCCGUCAACAUGGUGCCCUUCCCCCGACUGCACUUCUUCAUGCCCGGCUUCGCCCCAUUGACCAGCAGGGGAAGCCAGCAGUACCGCGCCUUGUCUGUGCCCGAGCUCACCCAGCAGAUGUUUGACGCCAAGAACAUGAUGGCCGCCUGCGACCCCCGCCACGGGCGCUACCUGACGGUGGCUGCCAUUUUCCGUGGACGCAUGUCCAUGAAGGAGGUGGACGAGCAGAUGCUCAGCGUGCAGAACAAGAACAGCAGCUACUUUGUGGAAUGGAUCCCCAACAACGUGAAGACCGCCGUGUGUGACAUCCCACCACGUGGCCUGAAGAUGUCUGCCACCUUCAUUGGCAACAGCACCGCCAUUCAGGAGUUGUUCCGUCGCAUCUCCGAGCAGUUCACCGCCAUGUUCCGGCGCAAGGCCUUCCUGCACUGGUACACCGGCGAGGGCAUGGACGAGAUGGAGUUCACCGAGGCCGAGAGCAACAUGAACGACCUGGUGUCCGAGUACCAGCAGUACCAGGAUGCCACUGCCGACGAAAUGGGCGAGUAUGAGGAAGACGAGCUGGAGGAUGAGGAGGAUGUCCGCCAAGAAGUGCGCCACUGAGGUCCGCACAAGCACAUGACAGCCACUGCUUCUUUUCUUUCUUUUCAGAUGUAUCAAACAGCCACAUAGAGUCGUCUGCAGUACUUGCUGCACUUUUUUUCCGCAACGGAGUAGAGCCUUUAAUCAAAGUGCUGCAAUGUAUUCUUGUAGCCAAAAAAAGGUGUAAAAUGGUACUGUAUUUAAUUUGUUGCUACACAAUGAAUUCAACAUGUACCUCAUGUUUCCAAAUCAUGUCCUAAUAAAACAAAUCUGUGUCA